UUCACUCCCAUGACCGCCAUGGACGCCUCCUCUUCCUUCCCAGGCAGCACCAGCAGCUUCGUCAUUCUCUCCGUCUCCAUCGCCGGCAUGCUCUCCAUCGCCCUCCUCCUCCUAGCCUACUACCUUUUCCUCACCCGUUGCGGCCUCCUCUUCUUCCGGAGACCCGACGACCUGCACGACCACCACCGCAUCUCCGUCUCCCUGGUCAACGUGCAAGACCAUGAACCGCCCCGCCGGAGCCGCCGCGGCCUGGAGGAGGCGGCCAUACGCCGGAUCCCCACCUUCCGGUACCCACUAGUAGUGCUGCCGGAGGAGGUGGAGGCGGCCAGCAGCAGCGAGUGCGCCGUGUGCCUGGCCGACUUCCGCCACGGCGAGCGCCUCCGCCUGCUGCCGCACUGCCAGCACGCCUUCCACAUCGACUGCAUCGACGCAUGGCUACAGGACGCAGCAAGCUGCCCCAUAUGCAGGGCACCCGCCCUUCAGCUUCACCCAACCUCCCACAACUACCAUCUCCUCCACAUCCCGCGCGCCACCACCGACGACAUUACUUCUCUCUCCUCACCAGCCGACGCCGAGGCACAGCAACCAGCACGCAGCAGCAGCCGCUUCUUGCCAAUGCGGCGGUCCCUGUCCAUGGACUCCACCGACAAGCGCUUCUACCUCGCUCUCCAGAGGAUCCUGCAGCAGCAUUCGGGCUCGCCGCCGGCCGCCAGAGAAGAAGAGGACGGCAAAGGAGACAGCGCCGGCGCUGACACUGAUGGCCGAUCGUCGAGGAGGCUGCGGCGCUCCUUCUUCUCCUUCAGCCAGAGCAGGGGAUCCCGGAGUGGGAGUGCCAUCCUCCCACUCUGACCGACCGACCGCUGACUCAAUUGGCAUUCCACCGGGCGAUUCUUGAGCUUUUUUUCUUUCCUUCUUCUUUCACGUGUGGCUAGAUACUACUACAUAGUAUAUGAAUGUCCUAUACUAUACAUACUGAU